AAUUAAAUUUUGAAAUAAAAAUAGUUGUUGGCAACCCUGCCCUCAAAGUGCACACGUUUUCAUCUGUUUUUUCUGCGACUCCAAUCCAACUGCAUAUCUAAUCCUGCGAAUACCUGUAAAAUGCCCGAGGCUGAACAGCAGAACGAUGCUAGUGCACCAUCCGAAGCCGGAGGUGAUCCUCCAAAGACGGCCAAGCAGCUAGAGAAGGAGCGUCUAAAGGCGGAGAAGCUAGCCAAGCUCCAGGCGAAGCUGGACAAGAAAGCGGCGGCUGCUCCAGCAGCGGGAGACAAGAAGGAGAAGCCCGAGAAGAGAUCCAAGGAAGUAAAAGAGGCUGCCGUGUACACGGCCCAAACGGCACCUGGUGAAAAGAAGGAUUUAAAUGGGCCUUUACCGGAUGCCUACAGUCCACGGUAUGUGGAGGCCCAGUGGUACAGUUGGUGGGAGAAGGAAGGCUUUUUCACCCCUGAGUAUGGGCGUGCAUCAAUUGACGCACCCAAUCCCAAUGGCAAGUUUGUGAUGAUCAUUCCGCCACCCAACGUAACGGGAUCACUGCAUUUGGGUCACGCUCUAACCAACUCCAUUGAAGACGCCAUCACUCGCUACCACCGCAUGAAAGGACGUACCACUCUAUGGGUGCCUGGCUGUGAUCAUGCUGGCAUUGCCACCCAGGUGGUGGUAGAGAAGCUGCUUUGGCGUGACGAGAAACUUUCGCGUCACGACCUUGGUCGCGAAAAAUUCAUCGAGCGCAUAUGGGACUGGCGUCGGGAAAAGGGCGGACGCAUCUAUGAACAACUCAAGAGCCUAGGCUCAUCUUACGAUUGGUCGCGAGUGGCCUUCACCAUGGACCCCAAGCUCUGUCGGGCUGUGACUGAGGCUUUCGUACGCUUGCAUGAAGAGGGCAGCAUUUACCGGAGCUCCCGGCUAGUAAACUGGUCUUGUACAUUGCGUUCGGCCAUAUCGGAUAUCGAAGUGGAUAAGGUAGAGAUUCCCGGCCGCACUUUCCUCUCCAUUCCCGGUUACGAUGACAAGGUGGAGUUCGGUGUGCUAAUCAAGUUCGCCUACAAGGUUGAGGGUAGUGACGAGGAGAUCAUUGUAGCGACCACACGUAUUGAGACGAUGCUGGGUGAUACAGCUGUGGCUGUUCAUCCUCAGGACGAGCGGUAUAAGCAUCUGCAUGGCAAAUUCGUUGUCCACCCAUUCUCUACGCGUCGUCUACCGAUUGUCUGCGAUGAGUUUGUGGACAUUGGCUUUGGCACGGGAGCCGUGAAGAUCACACCGGCCCACGAUCCUAAUGACUAUGAGGUUGGCAAGCGCUGUAACUUGCCCUUCAUUACCAUCUUCAACGAUGACGGCUUUAUAAUCGGCGACUACGGAGAGUUCACUGGUAUGAAGCGUUUUGAGUGCCGUAAGAAGAUCCUGGAAAAGCUUAAGGCUCUAAAUCUGUACCGUGAAACCAUUAACAACCCGAUGGUGGUGCCCAUCUGCAGUCGCUCCAAGGACGUUGUUGAACCUCUGAUUAAGCCCCAGUGGUAUGUUAGCUGUUCGGACAUGGCUGCUUCCGCAACAGAGGCUGUGCGUUCCGGCGAACUGAAGAUCAUCCCUGAGCAUCACACCAAGACUUGGUACCAUUGGAUGGACGGUAUCCGCGACUGGUGUGUGUCGAGACAAUUGUGGUGGGGACACCGGAUUCCGGCAUACUAUGUCAGCUUCAAUGACCCCUCAAUCCAAACCGGAUCGAACGACGACGAGCAGUAUUGGAUUGUGGCGCGAAGCGAGACCGAGGCUCUGGAUAAGGCAGCCGAACGUUUUGGUGUGGACGCCAGCAAAAUUGUACUCAAGCAAGAUGAAGACGUCUUGGACACGUGGUUUAGUUCUGGCAUCUUUCCUUUCUCGGUGUUUGGGUGGCCAAACAAAACCAAGGAUUUGGAGACUUUCUAUCCCACAUCACUGCUGGAGACAGGUCAUGAUAUACUCUUCUUCUGGGUGGCGCGUAUGGUAUUCUUUGGUCAAAAGCUGCUGGGCAAGCUGCCGUUCAAAGAGGUCUACCUACACCCGAUGGUGAGGGAUGCGCAUGGUCGAAAAAUGUCGAAAUCCCUGGGCAAUGUAAUCGACCCAAUGGAUGUCAUUCGUGGCAUUACCCUGGAGGGCCUCAAUGCGCAACUUGUGGGCUCCAACUUGGAUCCCCGCGAAAUCGAAAAGGCUAAGGCUGGGCAAAAGCAAGACUACCCACAAGGAAUUCCCGAGUGUGGGUCGGAUGCCCUGAGAUUCGCUUUGUGUUCCUACAUCACGCAGGCCCGCGACAUCAACCUGGACAUUAAUCGCGUCCAGGGAUAUCGUUUCUUCUGCAACAAACUGUGGAACGCUACCAAGUUCGCUCUGCUCUACUUCACCGGAUCUGAGAAGUUCGAUACGGAGCUAGGUCCAUCUGAGGCACUUAACCAGAUGGACGCCUGGAUCUUGUCACGACUGGCAUCGGCCGUUGAGACAUGUAAUACCGGGUUCGAGACUUAUGACUUUGCUGCUGCCACCAGCGCUUGCUACGCAUUCUGGCUUUACGAUCUUUGCGACGUUUACUUGGAGUGCCUCAAGCCUAUCUUCCAAAGCGGCACCGAAGAGCAGCAGGCCGCCGCCAGGCGCACCCUUUAUGUUUGCCUGGACUUUGGUCUGCGUCUGCUCUCUCCGUUUAUGCCUUUCAUCACGGAGGAACUUUACCAGCGGCUACCAAGGGCUAAGCCCGCUCCUAGCAUUUGUGUGGCCAGCUAUCCAAGCAAUAUAUCCUGGCGCAGCACGAAAAUAGAGUCGGACGUGGAAUUUGUUCAGAAGGCUGCCAGGAUUAUCCGAUCCGCCCGCUCCGACUACAAUCUGCCCAACAAGGUUAAAACCGAAGUGUACAUAGUGUGUACGGAUACGGUGCCCAGUGAAAUACUCAAACGAUACGCCAAAGAUCUGGCCACAAUUUCCUACUGCUCCAAGGUGGUCUUCGACAACCCUGCUCCAGCGGGCUGCGCCAUCCUGACAGUAACUGGCCAGUGCGAGGUGCAUCUGUUGCUUAAGGGACUUGUAGAAGCGGACAAGGAAAUUGCUAAACUGCAGAAGAAGACCGACCAGUUAGUGCAGACGGUUAGCAAACUGAACCAGGCCAUUCAAGCCGUGGACUACUCAACCAAGGUUCCCGCUGAGGUGCAGGAGGCCAACGAGACAAAGCUCUCCGAGUCUCGGGCAGAAAUUGAACGAAUUGCUGCCGCUAUUGAGACACUGAAACUAAUGUGAACAAGAACGGCUAACUUCUAAACGGGUAUAAUGGUAAUUGAUAUUUUAGCACGCUUGCCUCGCUAGCUGCUAAGGCGAAGGCCUUAAAAUAUAACUUAAAAAUAUACAAAUGUGCUUCAUUUGCUAGGACAGACAGUUUAUGCAUUUCAAACAUAGUAGACGAAUCGAUUGAUUUUUUAUUUUAUUUAUUACCCUACAACACAUGAAAUUUUCCCCAAUAUAAAUAAAAAGAAAAAUGAAA